UCUCCUCUGCCAACAUACUGAACAGAUACCGUCAUGGAAGAGACGUUUGUUCCUCUUCGUGGGAUAAAAAAUGACCUCAGAGAAAGGUUGAUGUGUUACAAGCAAGACUGGACUGGUGCUCUUGGAGCAGGAUUCAGGAUUUUUGCUCCUACAACUUACAUAUUUUUUGCUUCCGCGAUCCCCGUAAUUUCUUUUGGCGAACAAUUAGAGAGAAACACUGAUGGAGUUCUGACGGCUGUUCAAACCUUGGCGUCAACUGCACUCUGUGGGAUUAUACACUCCAUCAUUGGCGGUCAACCUUUACUGAUACUUGGCGUUGCAGAGCCAACUGUGAUUAUGUACACCUUUAUGUUUAACUUUGCCAAGGAAAGACCAGAGCUGGGUCGAAAUCUGUUUCUCGCAUGGACUGGAUGGGUAUGUGUCUGGACAGCGAUCCUGCUCUUCUUUAUGGCUAUCUUUGGAGCUUGUUCAAUUAUCAACAGGUUUACCCGUGUAGCUGGAGAAUUAUUCGGUCUGCUUAUAGCAAUGCUCUUCAUGCAGCAAGCCAUCAAAGGACUAGUAGAUGAAUUUCGUGUUCCAAAACGGGAAGAUCGAAACUCAACUGAAUUCAUACCCUCAUGGAGAUUUGCCAAUGGAAUGUUCGCUUUGGUUUUGUCAUUUGGUCUCCUUCUCACCGCAUUAAGAAGCCGAAAAGCAAGAUCAUGGCGAUAUGGGACCGGUUGGCUAAGAAGCUUCAUAGCAGACUACGGUGUGCCACUUAUGGUGCUGGUUUGGACAGGUGUGUCGUACAUCCCCUCCAGAAGCGUCCCAGAGGGUAUCCCACGUCGACUCUUUAGCCCUAAUCCAUGGUCUCCUGGAGCUUAUGCGAAUUGGACUGUCAUCGAGGACAUGGUCAACGUUCCAGUUGUGUACAUAAUUGGAGCUUUCAUUCCGGCAACCAUGAUUGCAGUGCUUUAUUAUUUUGAUCAUAGUGUAGCAUCACAGCUUGCACAGCAGAAAGAAUUCAAUUUGAGAAAACCAUCUUCCUACCACUACGACUUGCUUCUUUUGGGAUUUCUGACUUUAUUAUGUGGGCUUAUUGGAGUCCCUCCAUCAAACGGAGUCAUCCCACAAUCUCCAAUGCAUACCAAGAGUCUGGCUACUCUUAAAUAUCAGUUGCUUCGAAACCGUCUUGUGGCAACAGCACGCAGUAGCAUGAGAAAGAAUGCUAGCUUGGGACAGUUGUAUGGAAAUAUGCAGGAAGCAUAUAGACAAAUGCAGACCCCUUUGACAUACCAGGAGCCUUCUGCUCGAGGACUAAACGAAUUGAAAGAAUCAACAAUUCAAGCAGCUACAUCAACAGGCAAUCUUGAUGCUCCCAUCGAUGAGACUUUGUUUGAUAUUGAGAAGGAGAUCGAUGAUCUACUGCCUGUCGAAGUAAAAGAACAGCGUCUUAGCAACCUACUUCAGGCUGCAAUGGUGGGAGGAUGUGUUGCAGCUAUGCCUUUCCUCAAAAUGAUUCCUACUUCAGUUCUUUGGGGUUACUUCGCCUUCAUGGCCAUUGAAAGUUUACCCGGUAACCAGUUCUGGGAAAGGAUACUACUGCUCUUCACAGCCCCAAGCAGAAGAUACAAGGUUCUUGAGGACUACCAUGCCACUUUUGUUGAAACCGUGCCCUUCAAGUCAAUUGCUGUAUUCACCAUUUUCCAGACCAUUUACUUGCUGAUAUGUUUCGGACUUACAUGGAUUCCGAUAGCCGGUGUGAUGUUUCCGUUGAUGAUCAUGCUCUUGGUUCCUGUAAGACAAUAUAUACUACCCAAGUUCUUCAAAGGGGCACACCUGCAAGACUUGGAUGCAGCAGAGUAUGAGGAGGCACCGGCUUUGCCAUUCAAUCUUGCAACUGAGAUGGAGCUGGGUGCUGGAGCAGCUUCUGCAGGUGAUGGAGAGAUAUUAGAUGAGGUUAUUACGCGAAGCCGUGGCGAGUUUAGGCAUAGCUUUAGUCCUAAGAUCACCAGCUCAACCUCAACACCCGCAAGCGAACUCAAGCCCUUCCAAAGCUCCCCAGGCAGCGCCUUGUACAGUCCUCGAGUACGUGAACUUAGAAGAGGAAGAAGUUCAGGUGGAGGAAACCCUCAAAGUCCAAACAAUGAUGAAUCAAAGCCAUCAAGUCUGGGAAAAAGCCCUCUUAACUCUGCAUUAAAUUAAACUAGCUAGCUGAAGAACCAGUUUCAUCAACGUAGCUGUAAAUACUGGCUUCUACUCUCUAAUUAUUAGUUGUUUCCAUUGAAGUGUGUUGAUUUUGUUUGGGAUAAUUAUUGUAAAAUUUUCUGGUCUUUAUUAUUAUAAAAUCUACUGCCUAAAAGUUGCAAGAA